AUGUACCCUAAGUCGCUGACGCAUCCCAGCAUAUCCUUUAUCCGUCACACGUCAAAGUCAGCACUUUUGCCAAGCCUCGACACCGUCGCUUCCCCGCCAGAUUUCGAUAAUGAAAACCGCGAUGCUGAUGAAGUUAUAAGAGUUUUGCACGAGGAGAACGAAGAUGAUGAUGAUGAUGAUGUGGAUGAAACUGCUGACAUUGAUUUUCCUCUUGUGGAACCAUAA